AUGGACCUUUGGCUUCGGUUACUUUACUUCCUGCCAGUGUCUGGGGCCCUGAGGGUCCUCCCAGAAGUACAGCUGGAUGUAGAGUGGGGUGGAUCCAUUAUCAUCAAAUGCCCACUCCCUCAACUACAUGUGAGGAUGUAUCUGUGUCGGCAGAUGGUCAACCCUGGGUUAUGCACCACUGUGGUGUCCAACAACUUUGUCAGGAAGGACUAUGAAAGGCGAGUCACCCUGAAGCCAUGCUUGGAUAAGAAGCUAUUCCUAGUAGAGAUGACACGGCUGACAGAAAAUGACAAUGGAGUCUAUGCCUGUGGUGUGGGCACGAACACGGACCGAGGCAAGACCCAGAAAAUCACCCUGAAUGUCCAUAACGAAUACCCAGAACCAUUCUGGGAAGAUGAAUGGACAUCUGAGCCACCAAGAUGGUUGCACAGAUUUCUGCAGCAUCAGAUGCCCUGGCUCCACAGGGGUGAACAUGCCAGCUCUUCUGGAGUUAUAGCCAAAGUUACCACACCAACUCCGAAGACUGAGGCCCCUCCAGUUCACCAGCCCUCCAGCAUCACUUCAGUAACCCAACAUCCUAGAGUUUACAGGGCAUUUUCUAUAUCAGCUACCAAGUCCCCGGCGCUCCUGCCAGCUACCAAGUCCCCGGCGCUCCUGCUAGCUACUACAGCCUCAAAGACUUCCACUCAGCAAGCCAUCAGGCCCCUAGAGGCCAGCUAUAGCCACCACACCAGACUUCAUGGGCAAAGGACACUCCACCACGGCCCACACUAUGGGAGAGAAGACCGAGGGCUUCACAUCCCCAUCCCAGAAUUUCACAUCCUGAUCCCGACCUUCCUGGGCUUUCUCUUGCUGGUUCUUUUGGGAUUGGUGGUAAAAAGAGCCAUUCAAAGGAGGAGAGCCUCCUCCAGACGCACAGGGCGACUGGCGAUGAGGAGGCGAGGCCAGGGGGCUUCCCGCCCGUUCCCCACACAGCGCCGGGAUGCCCCGCAGAGGCCGCGCUCGCAGAACAACGUCUACAGCGCCUGCCCCCGGCGCGCACGGGGACCGGACAGCGUGGGUCCAGCGGAGGCUCCUCUCCUCAAUGCCCCAGCCUCAGUGUGCCCCUCGCCGCAGGUACUUGAAGCUCCUUGGCCCCACGCCCCAUCUCUGAAGAUGAACUGUGAAUACGUGAGCUUGGGCUACCAGCCUGCUGUCAACCCGGAAGACCCUGAUUCAGACGAUUACAUCAAUAUUCCUGGUCCAUCUCAUCUCCCUAGCUGUGCCCCAGGGCCCAGAUCUUCAUGUCAAUGA